AUAAAAGUGCACAUACUGUGUGAGUCAUAUAGGGCAAGUCCUGCUCUGUCUGCUCCUCUUCUGAGCGGAGCAGCGGAGAGUUUCGAAGGCGCAGCAGAAGCAACACUCCGGACAUUAUCCGCUGUCAAAAGUUCGACAGGAGUAGUAAAGAAGUCCGGGUCCAAAUGGAGCUGCUUCGUUUUUCCGCUUUUUGCUGGUGUAGAAACGUACUUUUUACGUGUUUUUUGCUCCAACAAGCGGAGUGCAUUCGGGCCAUGAUAAAGCUUCCAGUGCUGUGCAAGUUCUGUGAUGAGCAGCUAACAAGCUGCACUGGUACAGGGAGCUGCAAGGUGGAGUGUGACAUCACAGCCAUCUGUCCACAUAUGAACGAAGUCUGUGUCAGUAUCUGGAAGAAGACUGAUCACAAUGUUACAAUCGACACAGUCUGCCACAACCCUGCUCACAAAUUUCACGGCCUUCUCCUCGAAGAUUACAACAACAGCAAGUGUGAGAUGAAAGAAAGAAGGGGCAUGGGCGCCCAGUUCUUCAUUUGUUCCUGCUCAGAGGAAGAGUGCAAUGAGCAGGUCUUCUUCCCCUCUUACUCAAUGGACUCCCAGGUGGUGGCGGUUAUCCUUGUGAGCCUGGUUCCUCUCCUGGUUCUGGCUGUUGUGGUCAUCACUUCCUUCUACUGCUAUCGGGUCUACCGGCAGCGCCAAGCCAGUUCCAAGUGCAAGAAGGGACCCCCGCUGGAUUUUAGUGACUCUCACGCCAUCAUGAUAGAUGACAAGUGUUCAGAGAGCAGCUCCACACAUGCUAACAACGUGAACCACAACACGGAGCUGCUGCCAAUUGAACUGGAUGUACAAGUUGGAAAAGGGCGCUUUGCUGAGGUUUAUAAGGCAAAGCUGAAGCAAGGCUCAUUGGUCAGCGGAGAGGAGGGCUUUGAAACAGUUGCCGUCAAGAUUUUCCUGUAUGAGGAGUACGCCUCCUGGAAGAAUGAGAAAGAUGUCUUCUCAGAUGCAGAUUUGAGACAUGAAAAUGUGCUUCACUUCCUGACCGCAGAGGAACGGAAGCUGCAGAAGCAGUACUGGCUGAUCACUGCCUACCAACCAAGAGGGAACCUCCAAGAAUACCUGACGCACCAGGUUGUCAGCUGGCAUGACCUGUGGCUGCUAGGGGGUUCACUGGCCCGGGGUGUGGCACACCUUCACAGUGACCACACCCCCUGCAGUCGCUACAAGGUGCCGAUAGCGCACAGAGAUAUCAAGAGCUCCAACAUCCUAGUGAAAGGUGACCUAACCUGCUGCCUUUGCGACUUUGGCCUCGCAUUACGUCUGGACAACUCUCUGUCCGUGGAUGAGCUCGCCAACAGUGGGCAGGUGGGUACAGCCCGGUACAUGGCCCCAGAAGUCUUGGAGUCCAGAAUAAACUUGGAAAACAUUGAAUCUUUCAAGCAGGCUGAUGUUUAUUCCAUGGCUCUUGUAUUGUGGGAGAUCACCUCCAGGUGUAGUGCACUCGGAGAGGUCAAAGAGUACGAGCCACCAUUCGGAAACCUGAGGGAGCACCCGUGUGUGGAGAGUAUGAAGGACAGCGUUCUCAGAGACAGAGGCAGACCCGAAAUCCCCAACAGUUGGAUCAACCACAUGGGAAUCCAGUUGGUGUGCGGCACCAUAGUGGAGUGCUGGGACCACGACCCGGAGGCCCGUCUGACAGCACAGUGUGUCGCAGAGCGCUUCAGUGACAUGGAACACAAGUUGUCGGGCCGCUGUGAUUCUGAGGAGAAGAUUCCUGAUGAAAUCUCCAUGGUGGAUGAGAAAUAAUUUUUUAUUUUUUAAACCCUCCACAACACUGUGUGGACUCCCACAGUGACCAUUUACUGUAGCGUGCGCUGCAGUAAAUGCAUCCAUCCAACUCCUGAAAAAAGAGAACUCCAGAUGUGCACACCUGUUUUUCAGAAGGAUGAAAGUAGAGCGCAACAGAAGCACUCCCCCAUCAGGAAGGCGGAGGCAUUACAAGAAUGAAUGGAUAGGUUGUUUUCUGCAGCUGGAUCAUAUGAAAGGGAACUGAACAUGCACGUGCAGAGCCAUGAGAAGAAAUACCAAAUAUAUAAAGACCAGAGAGUGACUUGAUGCACUUUAUCUUACAUGCACCAAGUCAUAAAGAAACAGGGAAAA